AUGAUGAAUAAUAUUGAACGAAUAUCACAAUUAAUACCGAAAUUCAAACAGCAGUUAAUUUUCUUAGAAGAACGUGAGAAAUUAUUUCGAAGAAUUGAUGAUGGUUCAAUUUCAUCUGAUGAUUCAUUUUCUAAUACAUCUACAAUAUCUAAAACACCAAAUUUUACUUUACCAAAUGCUCAAACAUCACCUGCUGUUUCAGUUAAUUCACGAUCACCAUCGUCGACUUAUUUAUCAAGCAUUAAUCUUUCAUCAACAAUGUCUAUGGAUUAUUCACCAACUGAUCAAGCUGUUACUGAUGCAGGUGUACCUUCAUCUUUUCUAGAUGUAUAUGAAGUACCAAUGUUACCAAAAGCUUUGUUGAAAAAUAUUGAAGCUGGAAAUCUGAAAACUUUUGGUUCACAUUGUCAAGGUCGACAAAUACUAAUCGAUGCAGUAGUUCAUGAUCUCAUUGAAAAUUAUAAUUUGCUUCCUAAAUUGAACGAUCAACAUAAAACGAUUGUUAUCCAUCCAAAAACACAAUAUAAUGUCGUUGGUUCUGCUCUUGUACGAUGUUUGAAAUUACCUUCAACACCAGAAAAUCUAGCAAUUAGGAAAGAUGCAUUACAAACUAAAUUAAAACUAACACGUGCUGAUCAUCCAAAUAACAGUCUUGUUCAAGAAUUCCGAUUAAAAUAUUCAAAAUUGGGAUCUGGACGUCCAGUGAAAGAAAAAAUUGGUGAAAUUGCUGAACGUGAUAGACAUAAACAAAUGGUAAUAAUGCCUUAUAACAAUAAAAUAUCUGAUGAUAUUCAAUCAAAAGUGAAACAAUUACAAAAUUUUUCUCAACUGGAUGUUAAUACUCAAUUACGUUUAUGGAAAGAAACAUUUGUCUUUCGUCGACAAGUCGUGCAAGAUCAAUCAACAAGUGAUAUUAUGAAGAAUUUUCCUGCUUAUAGUGAUGCUUUCUUGGUCUUCGAAGAAGUAAAAAUGUUGGUGAAUAUUGACUUAAGUAAAGAAGUUCGACGACAAGUUCAUAUUUUACUAGAUAAAUUAGUCGAAACUCCUGCAUUCAUUGUCGGUAAAUAA